AUGGAUAAGGAGGGAAAUAUCUUAUCGACGGACGAGGACGAACUACUGACAGAAGAAGAAGUAGAGGAAGAAACUCCGGAAGAAGAAGAACAAGCUGGCCAAUGGGCCAAGUCAUGCUUUGAAUACAGUAUCCCCAAGCUUGAAAUACCACUUCCACAUAACCCAAAUGCAUAUUAUGAUGGAUAUUGUGAGCAAUACUUAAGAUUUACUGACUCAAAUCCUACAACUUAUCACACGAUUGAAUUUUUCAAGUCAUUAUUAGAGAAUAACGGAUUCACUUAUUGGCCAGAGUACAAGAGCUUUGAUGAACAAGGUAUUUCCAAUGGUGGAUUGUUUUUCACUAUAAGAGGAGGUACUUCACUUAUAGCUUUUGUGCUUGGGGGCAAAUGGAGUGCUGAUAAAGGAGUUGGAGUGGUUGGAAGCCAUGUUGAUGCGUUAACAGUGAAUUUGAAACCUAAUAGUAUUAAGUCGAAUAUCGAUGGGUAUCAGUUACUAGGCGUCGCCAAUUAUUCAGGGACUUUGAAUAAAGCUUGGUUAGAUCGUGAUUUGGGGAUUGCUGGUAGUAUAAUCAUACGAGAUGAAGAUGGUCAAACAAAACGCAAAUUGGUUAACUCAUCACCACAUCCAGUUGCCAAAAUACCAUCUUUAGCAGAACAUUUCGGUGAUAUAGCAUCCAAGCCGUAUAAUAAAGAAACUCAAAUGGUGCCAAUUAUAGGACAUGGAGAAGAAAUAGCUGCAACUGAAGAUGAAAGAAAUGCCCCAUUGUAUGGUAAACACUCCAUUGCAUUAUUAAGGUAUAUAAGUAAGAUCUCACAAGUACCGAUUGGAAGAAUAUUAAAAGUUGACUUACAAUUAUUUGAUGUUCAAAAAUCUACUAGAGGUGGAUUAGAUAAUGAAUUUAUAUUUGCACCUAGAAUCGAUGAUAGAUUAUGUUCAUUCAGUGCGAUUUAUGCAUUGAUCGAAUGGCUGAAUCAGUUCUAUUCCAAUCCUAAUAGUGAUGAUAAGUAUCCGUUCAAAGAUUUUGAUGGGUUCAAUAUUGUUUUAUUGGCCGACAAUGAGGAAAUCGGGUCUGCCACUAGAACUGGUGCUAAGGGGAAAUUAUUGAAUAAUAUAGUUGAUAGAGUUAUCUCAUUCAAAGAUGAAUCAAACUCUUCUCUGUUGGUAUUUGCUAAUCUGUUAAUACUUUCAGCUGAUGUGACGCAUGCAUUAAAUCCUAAUUUCAGUACUGAAUAUUUGGAAAAUCAUAAACCCAAACCAAAUAUCGGUUUAACAGUCAAGUUAGAUCCACAAGGUCAUGUCAUGACUGACCUGAUUGGUUGGAGAAUUCUACAAGAAAUUGCCAAUAAGAAUCAUCAAACAUUACAACAAUUUCAUAUCAAAAAUGAUGCCAGAUCGGGAAGUACUAUAGGACCUAUGUUGGCCACAGAUACUGGUGCUCGAGUGGUCGACGUUGGGUUGGCUCAGUUAUCCAUGCAUAGUAUUAGGGCAAUGGCCGGGUAUAAAGAAAUUGGAUUAGGGGUUAAAAUUUUCAAGAGUUUCUUCAAAGACUGGAGAGAAGUAUGUGCUGACUUUAAAGAUCUCGUCUAG